AUGGUGUUACUAUCAUGGCCUGAGGCUUUCGAUGUCUGUGUCAAUACUGGCGUUAAGAAGAAACAAAAUUCUAUUCACAAGAUGCUGGAUCUUAGGACGGGCGCGGAGGAUUAG